AUGGAUGCUCAAUCCAGCUCGAAAGGAGUUGACGGUAGGGCCGAUAAUACGAAUGGAUCCUCAACUACCACGCCUACGCCCAAAGUUCAACAACCGAAACCACAAGCGCUUCCUCAUCGGUCAGGCCCUUCAUCAAUCCUUGUGUCGACGCGACAAAAGGGCAAUCCAAUCUUGAAUCAUAUCAAACUUCUACCUUGGGAAUAUGCCGAUAUCCCCGCUGACUAUGUGGUUGGCCUCACAACUUGUGCCCUUUUCUUAUCCCUCAAGUACCAUCGUCUGCACCCCGAGUACAUCUAUUCACGCGUGCGGCUUCUUGCCGGCAAAUACAACCUGCGCAUUGUGCUGGUUAUGGUCGAUAUUCCAAAUCACGAAGACAUCCUCAAGGAAUUAUCCAAAACCUCCAUCAUCAACAAUCUCACAUUAAUACUUUGCUGGUCUGCACCCGAGGCUGCCCACUACCUUGAACUCUUCAAGUCUUCUGAACACGCGCAACCAACCGCUAUUCGAACACAGCAAGCUCAGUCAUACAAAGACUCACUCAAUGAGUUUGUCACCACUCCCCGAAGCAUUAAUAAGACAGACGUCACGAGUCUCAUAUCGAGCUUUGGCACCCUACAGAAUGCAAUCAACGCACACCCUGAACAGCUUGCCUCGAUCCCAGGCUGGGGUCAGAGAAAAGUUCAGCAGUGGUAUAAUGCAGUACGAGAAGACUUCAGGGUGGAAACAGCAAAAAAGUCGGAUAGAAGUCAAAAGCACCAUGUGUCUGCUGUAGAUGAGGACGAAGCAGUGCUGCGUGCAGUUCUAGAGGAAAGCCGAGUAUCAGCUGCCGAGGAAGCAGCACGAAGGCCGCCACCGCAAGAGCCUGAGGAAAUGAGCGAAGGCAUAAUGGCUGCUCUGGCAAGAUUACGAGACGAUGGUGGAUGA